CCCACUUGAGGAAGAGGACUCGGCUUCCCCGUAUCAUCCUAUUCAUCUGUUCAUGGCUCUCCCUUCUGCAAAAUCCCACCCGUUUCUCUUCUCAUUUUUCUCUCUCCUCUUUAUCAUCCAUGCCAAAAUCGAUAUCCAUCCUUUCGAUCUCAAAGCUUUCUUAACUUUUCACAAGGACUUGGGCUUCAACGGUCAACACCAGCCAUCCGCCACACACCUAUGUAGCACUGACGGUGUGUUUUGCGAGAGGAGGCUUUCCGCCAAUGAGAGCUAUGCUCUCAGGAUCACCAGAAUUAUCUUGAAAUCUAAAAAGCUUAAUGGAAUCUUGUCCCCAACAAUUGGACGUUUCUCUGAGCUCAAGGAGCUUUCUCUUUCAAGCAACCAAUUGGCAAGUCAAAUUCCAUCUGAGAUUGUUGACUGUCGAAAGCUGGAAAUUCUUGACCUCGGAAACAACCGCUUCUCCGGUGAGGUCCCGUCUGAAUUAUCCUCCCUCAUUCGCCUCCGAGUCCUUGACAUCUCUUCCAACAAGUUCUCUGGGAAUUUGAAUUUCUUGAAGUAUUUCCCCAACCUGGAAAGCCUUUCCGUGGCGGACAAUCUGUUUACGGGGAGAAUUCCAGUGUCCAUACGUUCGUUUCGCAAUCUCCAACGCUUCAACUUUUCUGGAAAUCGUUUUCUUGAAAUUCCUGAACCGUUGAUGAAGAGAUUUGGACAUUCGGCAUCAAAUGUCCCUAAAAGAUACAUCCUUGCCGAGAAUUCUGGUCCAACAACAAGCCACAAUGCUACUGCUCCAUCCGCCAGCAAGCACCGUAGAAAUUCAACUGGUCAAAAUGCUCCAGCUCAAGCUCCAUCAGCACCACAUCAUGAACACAAGUCAAAAAAGAGGAAGCUAGGCGGAUGGAUUCUUGGAUUUAUAGCAGGAGCAUUCGCUGGGAGCAUAUCUGGGUUUAUAUUUUCCUUGCUGUUCAAGUUGGCCGUAGCUGUGAUCAAAGGAGGAGGGAAGAGCGGCGGACCUGCAAUUUUUAGUCCAUUGAUUAAAAAGGCAGAGGACUUAGCUUUCCUGGAGAAAGAAGACGGGUUGAAUUCGUUAGAAAUCAUUGGAAAAGGUGGUUGUGGAGAAGUUUACAGGGCUGAGUUGCCGGGUAGCAACAAAAUCGUUGCUAUAAAGAAGGUCAUUCAACCUUCAAAGGAUGCAGCCGAACUGUCUGAAGAGGACAGUAAGCUUCUGAACAAAAAAAUGCGUCAAAUUCGAUCGGAGAUCAACACGGUCGGUCAAAUUCGACAUCGAAACCUUCUGCCUCUGCUAGCCCAUGUGUCAAGGCCCGAUUGCCACUACCUUGUAUAUGAAUACAUGAAGAACGGAAGCUUACAAGAUGUGCUGAAUCAAGUUCAAGCAGGUGCAAGAGAGCUAGAUUGGUUGGCACGUCACAAAAUUGCAGUUGGAGUAGCGGCCGGCCUCGAGUACCUUCACAUGCACCAUACACCUCGUAUAAUCCAUAGAGAUCUCAAGCCCGGAAACAUUCUACUUGACGAUGACAUGGAAGCUCGCAUUGCUGAUUUUGGUCUUGCAAAAGCGAUGCCAGAAGCUCAUACCCACGUCUCAACUUCGAACGUGGCCGGAACUGUGGGCUACAUAGCACCGGAAUAUCACCAGACGGUGAAAUUCACUGACAAAUGCGACAUAUACAGCUUUGGGGUAGUGCUUGGCAUAUUGGUGAUGGGCAAGAUCCCAUCUGAUGCGUUCUUCCAGGGAACAGAGGAGCUGAGUUUGGUGAAGUGGAUGAGGAAUGUGAUGACUUCUGACAAUCCUACGAGGGCAAUUGAUGAAAAGCUCAGAGGCAACGGAUACGAGGAGCAGAUGCUUCUGGUUCUGAAGAUUGCCUGCUUUUGCACCCUCGAUGACCCCAAGGAGAGGCCUAACAGUAAGGAUAUCAGAUGCAUGCUGUCCCAAAUCAAACACUGAUAGUGUGGCUGUGCUCCUUAAGAAUGUCGAGUAAUAAGAUUUCACUGUUCUGUGAAAAGUGUCUGUGAUCAAGCAAGUCUGCCUUAACUAGGUGUGUUGGGUCAAACGUGAAAAACCCUGUAAACUAUUAAGUUUCUGAUUAAAUAAUGUAAAAUAUGGCGUUGUCUAAAUUCUCAGGAUCAAAUACAAUACCUUUCUCGCCCUUUUGGCUAA